UGUUUUAUUGGAAUCCAGAAUUAUAUAAUUGUUCGCUUGUAAGGUGUAAUUUACAGUGAAGCACAGUUGGCAAACAAAGAGAAGUAUCAGUGUUCAUCAACUCUUGAAAGAUUAAAAUAGAAAAUGAGUUCCAGUAUUUCAGCAAAAUCUACCCCCAGGAGGCUAGAAGGCAAGGUAGCAUUGAUAACUGGUGGCGCAAGUGGAAUAGGUGAGUGCACCGCCAGGCUAUUCGUCCAACAUGGAGCAAAGGUACUCAUUGCGGAUGUUCAAGAUAAUCUAGGGAAGUCACUCUGUCAAGAAUUUGGCUCCCAAGAAGACAUCAUCUCUUAUGUCCACUGCGAUGUAACUUCUGACUCUGAUGUCCAAAACGCUGUGGAUACCGCCGUUUCCAGGUAUGGAAAACUUGAUAUAAUGUUCAAUAAUGCUGGAAUUGAGGGUGACGCAGAACCAACAAUCUUGGCUUGUAGUGAAGAAAAUUUUAAGAGAGUAUUUGAUGUCAAUACGUUUGGUGCCUUCUUGGGUGCUAAGCAUGCAGCCAGAGUGAUGAUCCCAGCCAAGAAAGGCUGCAUACUGUUCACUUCAAGUCUAGCUUCAGUAUGUUGCAUAGCUUCACAUGCCUACACAGCAUCAAAACAUGCAGUUGUAGGGCUAGCCAAGAACCUGUGCGUGGAAUUAGGACAAUAUGGGAUAAGGGUUAAUAUUAUUUCCCCUUAUGCUGUUGCAAGCCCGAUGUUAGAAAGAGGUUUGAAGAUGGAGAAGAAGGAGGCUGAAGAGUUUAUUUCAUCAACUGCGAAUUUGAAAGGAGUAGUGUUAGAACCAGAAGAUAUUGCACAUGCAGCCUUGUACCUAGGGAGUGACGAGUCCAAGUAUGUGAGUGGUAUCAACUUUGUGGUUGAUGGAGGCUAUAGUCUCACCAACCCCUCCUUUGGAAUGGCAAUGAAAAGCCUAUUUGCUUCAGAUAAGUAGUCUCUGUUCCAUGAAAAUUUCAAAUAAGAUGGGGCUCUGUUUUCAUCCCCAAGUGUGCUGUUUCUCUUUAUACUGAAUCAGGCUGUUUAAACAUAUCCAGCACUCAAUAAUGGAGAUUAUAAGUUUGUGCCAGUAAAUAAAGGCUUGUUUUCAUGGCCA